AAAAGAUGCUCAACAGAACAGACUACUGAAAGGUCGCUAUUGCUGGUAACCUAAUUUGACCUAAAUGCCACAUAGGCCAAACCAAUCGAUCGCAGACACUUCCGAGGCGAGCUAAGUUCCCGACGAGAGCAGACGGCGACCAUCCGAGUUUCGUUUUUUAAAGUUCGUUGUUUGGCAUCGGUCUUUUAAUAAUGGCAACUUCAGUUAAGUUGAAUACUUGCGCAGAAAUGCCCAUAGUCGGUCUGGGUACCUGGAAGUCUCCCCCAGGUAAAGUCGCGGAGGCGGUCAAGGCUGCUAUCGCUGCCGGCUACCGCCAUAUCGACGGUGCCUAUGUCUACCAGAACGAGACGGAGGUCGGUCAGGGGAUCCACGCCAUGAUCAAAGACGGUGUUGUGAAGAGAGAGGAUCUCUUCGUCGUCAGCAAGCUGUGGUGCACCUUCCAUGACAAGGCGGCCGUAAAGGGGGCGUGUCAGAAGACCCUGAGUGACCUGCAGCUGGACCAGCUGGACCUCUACCUGGUGCACUGGCCAAUGGGCUUUCAGGCUAGCUCUGAAAUGAUUCCUCUGGGAAGUGAUGGAUUAACUCUGAAUGACGACACCAGCUUUGUUGAUACCUGGGAGGCUAUGGAGGAGCUAGUGGACUGUGGACUGGUCAAAGCCAUUGGCGUCUCCAACUUCAACCAGCAGCAGAUUGAGGCCAUCUUGAACAAGCCCGGACUCAAGUACAAGCCUGCCAACAACCAGAUUGAGUGCCAUCCGUACCUGACCCAGGAGAAGCUGAUCAGCUACUGCCACUCAAAAGGCAUCAGUGUGACGGCCUACAGUCCUCUGGGCUCACCAGACAGACCAUGGGCAAAGCCAGAUGAUCCUUCCCUGCUUGAAGACCCAAAUAUCAAAGCCAUCGCUCAGAAGCACAACAAAACCUCGGCCCAGGUUCUGAUCCGGUUCCAAAUCCAGAGGAACGUCAUCGUCAUUCCCAAGUCCAUCACUCCUCAGCGCAUCCAGGAGAACUUUCAGGUCUUUGAUUUUAAGUUGAGUGAUGAGGAGAUGAACACCAUUCUUGGCUUCAACAGAAGCUUCCGGGCCUGUCCCAUGCAGUGGGCAGCCAAGCACAAGGAUUACCCCUUCAACGCCGAGUACUGAUGACCUCAGCACACCACUCCUCUUCAGCUGCUCUGAUUGGCCAGACAAGGAUUACCCCUUCAACGCCGAGUACUGAUGACCUCAGCACACCACUCCUCUUCAGCUGCUCUGAUUGGCCAGACUCUACUCUCCGCUGCUCUGAUUCGCCAGGCUCUACUCUCCGCUGCUCUGUGAUUGGUUGUUUAGUGUGUGUGCUCUAUCUCCGCCUUGUGCCUCAGAAUCCUACACACACACACACACACACACGCACACACACACAUACACACGCACACACCCACACAUACAUACGCACGCACGCACACACACAUCACAUACACACACUGUGGGUGUGCGGGCUGGAUUUAGGGUAGUUUAGAGGAACUCUCACUACUCCCACCUCAGCAUGGACGCCAUGAUGGAUGCGCACACACACACAAUCACACACUCACACCGUAUCCUAACCACACACACACACACACACACACACACACAAACUCACACCGUAUCCUAACCACACACACAC